AAUUGUUUUUGAAAAUUAAAAAAAAAAACGAUCGGUGCAUCUGUCAAACUAUUGUUUUAUAUUUAGAAUCAAAUCUUAUCUCUAUCGUUGAAAAAAAAAACCUCUUAAUACUGCAUGAAUGGGAAUAUUUAUCGCAGUAUUGAAAAUAAAAAAAGAAAGUUAACGUCAAUAGAACAAUUGAAUAAUUAUAUUGAAAGUUAUGAAAGAAAUUUUGGUGAAAUUAAAAUUAAAAAUGUAUCAAUUAAUUGGCAUGAAAAAAUAUUAAGAGCUUCAAAAAAUUUACAGAGUGCAAUCGAAAAAGAUAAGAUUAGUAAAGAGCAAGCAUUCGAAAAUCUUAGAUAUUCAAAUAUAAUUAUGAAAGAAACAAUAAAGAGAUUAACUGAGGAUAUGAAAAUAUAUAGAAAAAAUAUUUGCGAUUUUGAAAAAUUGGAUGAUUUAAAUACUGAACGACUACUUAAAAUUGAUCCAUUAUACUAUCCCUGUUCUAUUAAUUAAAACAAUUAACUAAUCUACUUUUGGGAAAAAUAAAAAAAUUUUUAAUCCUA